AUGGCUGGGUUGCUGGCAGGGCGGCGGCUUGCCUUUGUCGUACAGACAAGGCGAGGCGUUUUGGUUGCGCAAAGGAUGCUGCUUGUUGUCUUGAUUUUUGUUGGUGGUACCCGAGCAGAGGCGAAUCCUGAGGUGAGGGCGCCGCCUCUGCUUUGGACUGUGGGUGUGGGGCGCACCAUCGCGCUGCCGUCAACCCUGCCACUGGCUGGCUUGCACUUGUUGUAUCAGCCUGCUGGCUCAACGGCGAAUCUGACCACGGCCUCGGGCAAACAGGGCCCGGCGCUGCUGACUACUGAUCGAGUUGGCGACUAUGUGGUUGCCAACGCCACCAAUGCCCUCUUACGGGUACGCGCCGUGAAUACAACGGGCUACCUCCAUGAUCGGUUCACUAUGAUCGCCGAUUCUGCCAGCAACUUUGGCCGCCUAGAUCCCCGCUCUCGUCCACAGGGAGCGGGUGACGAGAUCUACAAUCUGUGGUCUGUCACAGGCCCCUCCAACAGUGAGAGCAUGUGCACUGCCAUGGGCUCGCGCGGUGCGCAGCGUGGCAUUCUCUAUGGCACCACUACAGGCUGUGAUCCAACGGGCAACCCCAACCUUUGUUGUGGCCUGCGCGCAGACCACAACUUUAGCUUUUUUCGCGAACCCGUGCGUCUCGAGGUUCAGCAUGUGCAGCUCUUGAAUCAUUCAGGCCAGCACGAUCGCAUUCAGCUGGCCAUGAUCAACCCCUACCCUCUUGAUAUUGUAGAGCCAGCUUUUCAGCCUGAAGGCCUAGCCGUCGAGGUUGGCGUGGCUGGCCCAGCGGGUGGUAUCACCUUGGCUUUGGUGGCUUUGACCGCUCAGCGUCGCCAAGUAGUUAGUCAGGGCCAAACUGAAGCUUGUAAUCUCAACGCUCCGGGCGGCGUGCGUGUCAUCAUGGACGCCAACGCGACAGUCGCAAGUGUCACCGUCGCCUGCAACGAUGGCAAAGGCCAUUUGCAACUACCGCCCGCUGCCCACCAACUAAGCUGGGCCAGCUUCGCUGCUCCGCCCACAACACGAUAUGAUGGCGACCUUUACUUUCACGUGCGCCUGCUAGCAUCAGCAGCCGGUGCUGCCGCACAAUUGGGCCAAAUUAAUCUGACCUCUCAGAUUGGAGAACAUGGGUUUCCCGCCGUCCUGGCGCCCAUUGCUGACGCGUCAUCGGUCCGUCCCUUAGCCCUGGGUGCACUUCAGCCCCGUGUGGCAGAGUUUGGAGUGCUUGAUCUGGCAGCUGAACCCUUCAAUGCAGAUGGCACGGGCCACACCGACUCGGCUGCUCUUCUUUCGGCCGGGCUGGCAUUUGCCCAUGCGCAUUACCUCCAGGCCUUCUUACCCGCCGGCGUCUACCGCGUCGAGGCUACGGUCACUUGCGUACAGUGGUCCCGGCUUAGCCUUUCAGGUUAUGUGGAUGCGACGGGCUGGAUUCAAAACUCAAACGCUCGGGAAAUGCCCUGUCUAUUGCGUGGCGAGGACAAUGGCACAAACCGCACCCGCUUGGUCGUGCCACCCACCACCCCGUUCUUUCAGAACACGACCCAUGUGCGUCCAGUCGUGUCGUUCUGGAGCCAGGCAUGGUUUGUGCAUCAGCCCAAACGACAACCCAACAUCCACUACAACCAGGUCAUAGAGACACUGGAUAUUGAAGUAGGUCCAGGUAACCCGGCAGCAGUGGCGAUCGAUAAUCGUGGCGCUCAGGGCGCCGCGACGGAGGACGUCAACUUGUUUCUUGCCGAUGACACUUAUGGGGGCCUUUUUGGCCUCUCUGGCUCUGGUGGUGCCAACACCAAUGUCACCGUGUAUGGGGGCAAGUAUGGCUUGGAUGGGCGGCUAGCCCAGCCCGGUCCUUCCGUGUCCGGCAUGAACUUGAUUGGUCAGCGGUGUGCCAGCAUCAUCUACUCGGGGCUGCAGGCUCUUUCGAUGGCAGCCAUGCGCUUUGCUCCUGCCAAUGACUCCGUCCCUGCCAUUGUGGCAGGCUGCCCGCUACCUCCUCUACUUCCUGGCUGCGACCUGUUGGAUCUGGAGGACACGGAGCAAGAGUGCUCCGUGCCCACCUCGGGCCAGCUGGGGAUUGUCGACUCGCUCUUUGAAAAUGCGCCCCCGACAAUGCCAGCCACGCCUGCAUCGAAUUUGCACAGAAAGCGUGUCCACAGUCUCGCCUCAUCGUCGGCCUACAUUCAAGCCAUGGCAAGCGUUUUUCUCAAGAAUGUUUGGGUUGCAGAUCGGACAGCGCUGCUCCAACCUAUCCGAGAUGUUGAUUCACAGGUAGCUACUGUGCCUUCGCUACCAGUACGCGUGAGGUUGCUAGUCGAGGGUCAAAACCUGGCCCCGCUUGUGGCUGCCAACGUGACAUACCAGUACAAUGCCACAGUGCACUACAACCACACCGUAUACGGGCCCAGCCAGCGCAUCUUGGAGGUCAUACCCGUUCAACCUGGCGACAUGCCCACAUUUGACGCGUUGAUGCAAGUGCACGGUUACGGGCCAGCGGUCAUGUAUCCUUCGUGGCUGCAGACCACGGCCGUCAACGUUCGGGCAGCUCCCUUUGAAGCGCGUGGCGAUGGACUUGCAGAUGACACCGCGGCUCUGCAACAGGCCAUCGACUACGCUGCGUCCCACGGUCCAUUGCCCGUCGUCUUGCCACGAGGCAUUUACAACAUUUCUCGUCAACUGACGCUGCCGUGCGGUGUACAAUUUGUGGGCGUGGCACACACUUUGUCACAUCUGGUGUCCAGUGCUGUGGCAGGGGGCUGGCACGUGCAGCCAACAGAUGAUGCAAUGCUACGGGCGCUCCCAUGUGGCGCGGAUGGUGCUGCUCGAUUAGCCGGCCGAUUUCUGGGCACGGUAAUUUCUCAUGUGGGCUUGCACCCAUUGCCUCGCUUUCCCGCCACGUCGCAAGCCAUUUUAUUUGAUGCAGAGCAGGUCAUCGGCUGGACCGGGCACCACGUGAUGCGUCAAACCUUUGUGCGGGGUACAACGGUGUGUGGAGCGGUAGCAUCACCAGUGUGCGAUGCGUAUGCGGCGGCCAGUCAGUCAAACUCUCCGUCAGUGCUGAUCCGUGGCGCCAUCAACCAGUACAUUCAGAUUGGUGAUGGGAUGGGAGAUAACCUGCCCCGCCACCGACACUGGGCUGUCGCAAACAGCUCGGGCCCCGUGCGCGUGUACCACUUGAACGCCGAGCAUACCUCGUCUGAAACCAACAGCGAGAUACACAACAGCUCCAACGUGCUGGUGGUGGGCAUCAAGUGUGAGGGCGGGUUUCCGGCCCUGUGGGUUUCAGACUCUCAGAAUGUCACCUUGACGGGGGCCGGGGGCAACAACGCGGCCUACUUUGCCAACUCUUCAUAUCCCCCGGGGUUCCGGCAGUUUGUGCCCUCGCUCUUUCGCGUCACACAAAGCCAGAACUACUAUCUGGCCAACCUGGUCGACUAUGGCUUUGUCACACAUGACUACGUGCACACGCAUACCCCCGCAGAUGCUCGCUACUGGGACAUGGCGCUGGUUUGCAGCUCGGCUGACAACAGCUCCUGCGUGCCGACGGCCAAGCUUGAGCGCCCCGCCCUUCUGUCAGGCUAA